UGACCCGUUACCUCGGAGCCGUGAUAAACAGGCCGCCCCCUCCCUCCGUCCAGCCGCCUGCAGGUCGCUUCCAGCCGCCUCAGACUCUCAGCCGCAGACGGUACCCGCCACGCUUCUCAGGCCUUUUCUGCACUACAGCGGAAGAAAUUCACAGCUUGACUUCAGCUUAGUUAUUCACGGAAAUGCCCACGAUAAAACUCCAGAGCUCUGAUGGGGAAAUCUUUGAGGUGGACGUUGAGAUCGCCAAGCAGUCCGUCACCAUCAAGACCAUGUUGGAAGAUUUGGGAAUGGAUGAUGAAGGAGACGAUGACCCCGUCCCCCUCCCUAAUGUGAACGCUGCCAUUCUCAAGAAGGUGAUUCAGUGGUGCACCCAUCACAAAGACGACCCCCCUCCCCCUGAGGACGACGAGAACAAGGAGAAGAGGACGGACGACAUUCCUGUUUGGGACCAGGAGUUCCUCAAAGUGGACCAAGGCACCUUGUUUGAACUCAUCCUGGUAAAAUAACUUUAAAACCAAACGCCCGUCUGAACGGAAA